AUGUCAUCUGCUCUGAAAGAGUCGGUCCCAAGAGACAAGUGGUGGGAGUGGAGAUGGUUCUCACCAGAUGAUACGAAGGAGGAGAGGCGCCUCAUCACGAAAAUUGACCUUCUCUUGGUGCCUUACUCGGUCCUCGGCUACUGGGUCAAAUAUGUCGACCAAUCCAACUUGAAUAAUGCCUACGUCGCUGGUAUGAAGGAAGAUCUCGGUUUUUAUGGAAACGAGCUUGUUCAGCUCCAGACGCUGUUCACUCUUGGAUCGGUCUUAGGCCAGAUCCCUUUCUUACUCUUCUACUCUCAAGACAGCAUCGUUGACUUUGGCCUAGGCUCUUGGUAUCGGGGCCAUGAAAUUGCUCGUCGCGGCGGCAUCUUCUACACCGGUCUCGCUGCUGGCACAUUGACAGCCGGCCUCAUCCAAGCCGGCGCAUCAAGCUCACUCGAAGGAGUCCACGGCAUGGAAGGCUGGCGAUGGAUGUACAUCAUCUGUGCCCUCAUCACCAUCCCCGUCGGCAUCUUCGGCUUCUUCGUGAUCCCCGGCACCAUCGAUCAGCCCAACAGGUGGUGCGUCAACGACAAAGACAUCGAGACCGCCCGCGAACGCCUCGAGAAGCACGGCCACGUCCUGCACGGAAAAAUGAAGUUUGGCCACAUCAAGCGUACCCUCCUCGGCUUCCGCUUCUGGCUCGUCAUCACGACCGACGUCCUCUUCUGGAACGCGGGCAUCCAUAAGAACACGGGCUCUUACCUACUCUGGAUCAAGAGUCUUGGACGGUACAGCGCUGCUCGUAUCAACGAGCUGGGUACAAUCUCCCCCGCGCUGGGGAUCGCGUACACGCUCAUCGCUUGUUUCGCUUCGGAUAUGUUCCUCGGCCCGGCCUGGUCGAUCACAAUCUGUUCGGUCCUCAACGCCAUAGGUCUCAUCUUCCUGACGAUAUGGACUGUUCCCGAAGGUGGUCUUUGGUUCGGAUUCGCGACCAUGUAUUGGUCGAAUGCUCUGUCCUCUGUCUUCCACGGAUGGGUCAACAACCUGCUGCGAGACAGCCCCGAGGAACGAAGCUUUACUCUGGUUCUCAUUAACUUGCUAUCGCAAAGCUCGACGGCGUGGACGCCCUUGCUCACGUUUCCGACGGUGGAGUCGCCGAGGUACAGGAAGGGCUUCUCGUUCUGUUUAGGAUGCGCAAUCGCGUUGAUAAUGUUCACCUGGAUCAUGCACUACUAUUUGAAAAGGGAUAAGAAGCACGACACUGGGUCCACUGACGAGGAGACGAGCACCCAGUCCGAAGUUGGCGAGGCGUCUUCAGUGGAAUUGAAAGCCAAAAGCAACUCGGACGCCAAGGAAGACGAUCAGGUUGCUGUGAGUGUCAAUAAGGAGACGGGCGAUGACAGGAUCACAGCGAUUUGA